AGAGAACAAGUGCGUGCGCAUAUGACAACAAACAUGGACGAAAAAGGUUGAAAGUUCCUGUUUUGCAUUAUCAACAUUAAUUGAGGAGGCUGUUAACAGCAAAAGCAUGAAUCUCAGCCGUCCAAUCUUCCCCUUUGACCUCCCAAACUGGCAGGAGGUCAAGGUCCUUCUGAACGAACUCAAAGAAAACUGUUUGUCAGAGGCCUUUGAUGCUGAAGAUAUCGUGCGGCAUGUGCAGCUUGUAUAUGUCACUAACCAUGACACGGUUCUGUAUGACGGUGGACUACAAAACUCAUCAAAUAGCUUGGUGAACAAGACCAGGUCAAAAAGGGACAAACGGAGCAAGAUUGACCAGUCCUGCAUAUGGUUCGGCGUUUGGAAAUUUAUUAAGAAAGCAACAGAAGAAGAAAAUGAUAAGUUUCUGUUUACGGUGAUUCCUGGAAUCUGUGAUCUAGUCAUUGAGUCUGAAAAGUUGAUACCGUCAGAUUUCAUAUUCAGCGAACAACAGAAAUGUGGCAGUAGUGUACUUUCCAAGAGAUGUGUGGCAGCCAUCUUGGCCUGCUCCUUCCUGUGUCUAUUCCCGGAGAGAGAGAGGAGUCGAUGGACCAAGCUCAAUGUCAUCAACUUCACCAACUUCUUUAAACAGCUCCCAAUGUCAUCACAGAAUGCUAAGAUGCGGUGUAUCUUGAACUACUUUGAAAGAGUGACCGAGCCUGGUAUAGCAUUGACAGGAAACGUCACCUACGCUAGACAGGUGAUAGACACGGAGAUGCUGUUGACUACGGAAGAUGUGACGUCAUCAGAUGCUGAGCUGUGCUCCAUGUUCAUCCACACUGAUGGCUUCAUUGAAGAUCUUGGUAGUGAAGCAAUUGAGGUUGAUUUUGCGAACAGAUCCAUAGGAGGCGGAGUGCUUGGUCGUGGUCGUGUACAGGAGGAAAUCAGGUUCUGUACGUGUCCUGAGCUGAUAGCGUCCAUGUUGUUCAUGGAGAACAUGGAGGACAACGAGGCCAUCCUAAUCAGUGGCUUCGAGCAGUUCUCCCAACACAGCGGCUACGCCUCCGGACUGGAGUUUGUUGGUGACUACAGGGAUGAUACUGAGAUAGAUGAGUGGGGAAACGUGAAAAGGACGCUAUGUGCAAUAGAUGCCACUCCCUUCAAGCACGACAAGUUCCGUCAGUACACAGAGAGCUGUGUGAUGCGGGAGUUAAACAAGGCUGUGGUUGGGUUCUGUGAUGUGGGUGGGGCCGACCUGGACACGUCAUCUCGGCUUAGCAUGUCAUCUCACGGCCUCAACACAUCCACAGACGAGGAAUAUCACACUGCAGUCCAAAGCCCUAUAGAAGAAGAUGGAGGAAAAAGGCGUUUGUCUAAUUUUGUGGUGACAUUACUGUCACAAGCUAUGCACCAGGCUGUAAAGGAAUCGGUAGACAAACACAAGUCAGGAGAAGAAACCAAAGAAUCUGACCAAUCAAAAUCCAGUAGUGGCAGUAUUAGCCAAUCAGACAUAAGCAUUCCUGAAGUGAACCAAUCAGAUGCUAGCAAUGAUCCUGGCAGUUCCUGUGAUAGAAACCAUAACCAGGUUUCCCGAACUAUCCCACCCCAGCCUCCCAAUGGAAGCAGUGAUCUGUUGGAUGUAGAUUAUGCUGAUUGGUUGUCCAAUUUCCGGAGGCGGAGCUCCAACUUGAGUGAUGUUUCCCGGAGAAGUAGUUCGAGCACAAAACAUAGUUCCGACCUGAGUUCAGAUUUAGAAGAAAUUUAUGAGUCUUACUUGAAGAAUGAAAAGAAUAGGCACGGCACUAUCGAGGAGGAGACGGGCCAGGCCGGGAUAGCUGAUUUUGCUACCAAGUUGGUGGCCUGUUUGAUGCAAGAAGGCACCUCCACAGCAGCUCAGAUGAUGCCAGGGAUGCAGAUGUUCAGCCAUCUAGCUCCUCCCGAUAACGCCGUCAAGCCAUGUGCUCUCCGCCCCGAUCCAUCGAUCGACAUUGAAGUAGAUGAUGUGCCUGCGUCAGUGUCUGACUGUGAAGAAGACACUGAAGAACCUCCACCACUCCUACAAAACUAUGCCCAGUCCCUACUGGAUGCAACUCUCCCUGCCGCCUUCCAGGAUGUGGUCCAACUUGCCUUAUCUCCCCUACCUAGCCCCCUACCUUCCCAUCAAGAUCUUCCAACUGACCGCAUGUACGAGUGGUACGCUGACCAGAUCGUGCAGCAGGUCUUCCUCCAUGUGUCUCAGGAACUGACUGGGGAGGAGCUGCCUAACUCUCCUGCUCAUGACGACCCGCCCACUGCCGCCUCAUCUACUCAAUCUGCUGAUCCCCCCUCCUCAAGCUCAUCCCAUAACAAUUCCUCAGCCUCCUUCUCCUCCAGUUGCUCUUUGUCAGUGUCAGGCAGAAGGACCUCUGAAGACUCUUCUUCUGACAGGAGGCCCUCUGAGGGUUGUGCUUUUGAUAGGAAGCCUUCUGAAGACUCUUAUUCAGACAGGAGGCUCUCUGAAGGGUGUACUUCAGACAGGAGGCUCUCUGAUGGGUGUACUUCUGAUAAGAGGCACUCUGAAGAUCUCCAUGAAGAGAAUCCUUCUGAUGAUUGUGUUUCUGACAGGAGGUCCUCUGCAGGUUGCACAUUACCCUCUGAUGGUCGUAUAUCCGGUUCUGUGAUAGAGGUACAAAACAUUCAGUCAUUAUCCUGUGAUACUCGGUCCUCCACCCCAAAGCCUGACCAGGGGGAGGAAACAGGCUGCAGCAUUCCAAGUAAAUUAGACAAGAUUAUUCCAAAUGACUUUGAGAUCAAGGUUGAUUAUCAUGCAGCUGCUGCAAUAAUUGUUGACCAUGUGUUUCAAACCCUCCCAACCCACCUCGAAUCUCUAGCAGCUACAAGUCCAGGCAACCAUAGCAUCAAUGGGAGGAACACAAGCAUUCGUAGUCUCGGCACCAGAGGGUCUUUCAAAGGAUUGAGUGAUACCUUGUCCAGUGUGAGCGAUGGUAAGGAUCCUGUGAAAGUAAUCAAACCCCAGGAAUCGGAAAAAAUGUCUCGUGCUGGUCUACCAAACGUUGGGGUUCUUACAAAGAAACUAAGUCGCGAGAUGUUAACUAAAGCAUUCCUGAAUGUCGAGGACAGACGGCACAUUAAGAGCUAUGAGCGACGUAGCAGUGAGCCUUGUCAUAUAAGCGUGGAACUUUCCCUUCAGGCUUACAAUUCCAAUAAACUAGUUUCCAUGGACGAGGACAAGAGGAGGAAGAUCUCCCGGACGGAUGACGAUCUGGAAAGGGUGAGAGGAGAGUCGUCUCGAAGGGGUUCAUGGAGCAGCUUUCCGACCUCUCGCAGAAGGAGUUCCUGUGGAUUCAAAGAUCCCAUCCUGUCCAAGUUUGCAGAGGAGCUGAUGAAGGCCGACACCACUGUGCCGCCGUUGUUGCUCAUGGGCGCUCAGACAAACAGCAGCACGACAGGGUCACGGCGGAGCAGCCUGAGUGGCUUCCGAGACACGACUCUGGCUAAUCUAGAGAAUGAGCUCCUCAACAGCAGCUUCUGCCAGCCGUCCAGUCCUCGUCAUAGUAUUAGGUCCAAGGGGUCUCGCAAGGGGCGAGACAAACUGACUCAUUCAGAAAGUUCUGAAACAGAAUAUUGGUUUCCUCUUCCAAAGAAGGUUGGGACGGAGUGUCAAGAAGAGCUGUACCGGUCAGGGUAUUAUCACAGUGUUGAUGAGAUUGAAGACUUCGCGGACAUGUUUGCUAAUGACAUCCUCAACCAGGCAGUGAACAUCAUCUACAGAGAUGCCCGUAUUGAUAUGGAACGGGAGGAGCUAGCAGGGUCGCAGCGCGUUCAUUCGUAUGCAGACGAGCUGGCUACCGCUGUGAUACGUUCAGCGCUGGAGAGUUUACAGGGGAUGUCUUUUGACGAAGUCUCCAGCGUCAUCUCCAACUCUUCCAAGGUUGUGGGUGACAGUUCGGCUGAUCAACCUGACUUCACUGACGCCCUGGAUGUCCCGUUUGCUCAUGUAGAGGAGUUUGCCGACACUCUCUCUGGACAGCUCAUGAAGGAGGCCAUGGACGUUCUGCAGAAGCACGCCAAAUGCAAGAGUCGGCUCAAAUCCCGGGGGCUGCCGAUCUCGUCUGGCAACUGGGGAUGUGGGGCCUUUGGCGGAGACCCUCAACUCAAGUCCCUCCUCCAGUGGAUGGCCGCCAGCCUCGUCAAGGCACCUGGGCUGCACUACUACACCUUUAACGAUGGGCGCUUGAUACAGUUUGAUGAGAUAGUGGCUGUCAUCCAAUCACUAGGCUGGACUGUGGGACGACUGAUGUCAGAGGUCAAAGGUUACUGCAAUAUGAUUCGCGAAGAGAUGGAGAAAAGAGGUGAUACUGACGGCUAUCCCUCAAUAACCCUGUUCGAAUACAUUGUCUCAAACAUAUACAUGUGAAACGUUGCCCAUGGCAAACACAAAUGCUAUGACAUUUUUCCUUGAUUUUAUACUGGGCGGCGUAGCAAUGCAACCUGACAGUUUUUACAUUUUUUAUACCAAAUUUGUAACAGACUGCUAAAAUAGUUUUUGAAAUGUGAACUCACGUUUGUUGCUGUUCGAUCAUUGAUCAAAUUCUUGAUGUUACAGCUAGUUCCUGAUCAAAGAAUAAAUAUUUAUUUUUAACUGAAAUUUGUGUACAAAUGGUGGAAUGAUGAUUUGUUUACACAAUUCGUUUACUGAAUUGCCAAACAUUCUCUUACAUUAUUGUGGGCACAAAUUCAUGUGUAUGUCUGCUGGAAAACCAGUUUGAGAUUUGUCUCUUAUUAAAAGGUAUGGGGGUAGCCGUGUGGUUAUGCUCUUGCCUGCUGUCAUGGGUUUGAAUCCCAUUGUAGAGCUGGUUCUUCGUGCCCCUGCUAUGAUAAUGCUUCAGAACCAGGCAUACAAUAGAAUAGGAGGAUUUCAUAUUGGUCUGUGAUGAGCCCUUUAUGUCUUCAAAGACGUUAGAUAAAACACGUGAAAAGAAGGUGUGUUGCUCGUUUGUUAAACGUAAUUGUUAACAUACUUUGUUCUUGCUUACCAUGCUUACCUUAUGGUUGUUAAUUUAUGUAUAUUUAAUGCAAACAUUCUGCGCCAAAAUCUUUUGGGUCUGCUACACCUAACUUGUCUUUCAACAUCAUUUUAGGUAGAAUUUAGGCUUAUGAAUAGACAAUAGCUCAGCUUACUGAACAUGUGGUUAAAAAUACUGGUUAUGUUUGCAGAGAGUGUGUAAUGUGCCCAAUUCAGUGGAGGGGUUUUGGAAGCAUUGUUUUACAAGCCCACACUCCGAGGGGCAUGGGUGGCCCAGUUCUUCUAAGGUGCUGUGAUUCCCUGUGCAGAUUUGGGCCAUUGGGCACGCCAGAAACUGAUGAUUGUGGGUUCGAAUCCUGGUUCGCCCCGAUUAUGUUUCUAGGUUUGUCAGCACCAUACCCGUGCUCAAGGGUUUCAUCGAAGUGGUAAACGUCUGAGACCUGCAUCACUUUGGGCUUUCCUCCCACAUUAAGCUGACAUGCCAUGAUAUAACUGGAAUACUGUUAAAAGCGGCGUUAAACCCAACUCACUCACUCACCCACACUUCGGCGCAGUGAUGACUUAACAUUAUACCACUGCCUCAGGCUUAUUUGCAUAUCACAUGACUGCAACUGCACUUUUCUCUUGUUUGUGAACUAAUGCGAUUUGUUCUGAAAUCAGAACAGAUUGGUCUGAUGCCUUUCUGUGCGCUUUAAAUAUUGUUUUGCACAAUUAUAUAGAUAUGCUACUACAACAACAGUGAGGUUCAUGACAAUAUAUAUCUUUAUAUCGUAUCGCUCUCCAUAAGUCUUUGACCACAGCACCUGGAGCUGUACAUCCAGUGUAAACAAAAGGUAAAUACGCAAAAGGAAAUACGUCUGCAUGCUUUAGGAUAUUUUCUCAAUGAAAGUCCCUGCCGUGAUAUUGCUGGAAUAUUGCUAAAAGCGGCGUAAAACCAUAUUCACUCACUCACUCUUUAAAUGAAAGUUUGUCAUUUCAUGACAUAUGUUUGUCUAAAUGUCUUGUGUGGCCUGUGUAAGGUGUUACGAAUCACAUCUCGCUAACUAGUGGCAGGUGGCAGGUGUUUUUUUUCUUAUUACUAAUCGGAAGAUUUUGAUUUCAUAACCAGUGGAUGAGAGUCCUAAUAAAUAUUAAUAAAAAAUUGCUUCAACAUUUUUUAUAUAGUCAUCUCAUAUUAAUUUGGUUUGAUGAAACUUUCAUGAAAUGAAAUUUAAGUCCAUGCUGUUUAGAGUUACUUCCCCUUUCACUCAAAUCAACAAGCUCCUCCCCAGUGAGGGACACAUUCAUCACACUCUCGGUAACAUCGCUGCCUCCAGUGUGGGUGCGGCCAUUACAAGAAUCUUGAAAUUUGCCAUCUAACCCCAAAUGUAGUAACGUUUUGUUUAUAUCUUUGGGAAUGCCAUUGCAGUUAAGUUUGGAAAGGAUUACGACUGACCAUGUUUCCCAGAUGAAUUAACCUUUUUGUUUGUGUGAUCGGAUUAAUUCGAGUUUGCAGACUAAUGGAAAAUCAACCAACUUCUCUCUUACAUUCUUACUAUACCAAUUUCAUGAUAAUUUAAAGAAAUAGAAAUUCAAAUUGACAAAGAAAGAAAAUAAUUUAGCAGGGGUAAGAGUAUUCGGCGUCACGGUAGUCAUGACUUGUACUUAAACAUAACGGUCGGUCAGUUGCGAGUUCAUCUCCAAGCAUGGUUGUAGCCACCUAUCACAGUUGGGAGCUUCAACUGGUGGCAGCGAUAUUAUAGAGAGCUCUGCAAACGUGAUAUUGCUGUGGGGAGCUAGUCUAAUCAACUUUUACAUUUUGGAUGGGAAGAAAUUUGAUAGUAAGGAAAGACGAUUGUUCUACAAAACAAUUCUAUCACACAAACCAAAUAAUGAAAACUUAUGUGUCUGUGACCCUGGGGGUCUGGACAGGACAGGCGGGAUGAAGGCACUGGAAGUGUUUUAAUAUGGCUCAAAGACUCCCUUUAUCAUUUGCCUCUGUCCAUGUAGAAUUCAUCAUAUUCAUCAGGGGGCAUGGGUGGCUCAGUCGUCUAAGGUGCCGCGAUUUGCUAUGCAGAGUUGCGUCCCUUGGGCACACCAGAAACCUAUUAUUGUGGGUUCCAAACCCAGUUCACCUCGAUUAUGU